UGUAAACGAUUCUUAGCCUCGGGUCAUCUUCAAUAAUAAGAUAAUACUUAGCGAUAGUAAUAAUUAAUAGAAAUAAGCUAGCAAUUUACAAUGCGAAUUAAAAUCAUGUCAUUAAAUAAAUUACUGUUCCUAAUAUUAAUUACGAAGAUCAAUUUUAAAUUAACGAAUUCUUCGAAUGAGGAUCCAGGGUCGCUAGAAAAAGAUCCUUGGAACAUCGACUACAAGAAUGAAAAAUUCAAACGAAAUUCUGAGACGGGACCAGAGCUGCUGGACCUCGAGACGGAAAAUCUCAGGAACGAGGGCAUGAGAAUUUCUGCAAUGGGAACUGAUCCCGCGCAACCGGAAGCCAGUUCCGGGGAUGAAAACAAUGAGUUCGACGUCGUCCUGACGAAAGAUUUUGACGGGACGAAUAAAACUGAAAAAUACGUUCAUUAUGACUCCGAUGAUCCGGAGGCUAACAGAUACGCGCCCUCGCCAGAGUACUCAGUUAAUUAUUAUGUCAUGUCUGAGACGAGAUGGAGAAAAAUAAGAUCUGAGUUCAUGUACUGGUACUUCGACAAAGGCGGCGACAAUAAUAUGGGCGAUUACCAGACUGAUAUAUACUCGUCUUCUCCGCAAAUCCAUAAAAAUUUUAAUUUCCAGUUACCAUUCUACGGUUUUCGCUACAAUUAUACCCGUCUCUCGAUGAACGGGUUCUUGGAGUUCAGUGACUCGCCGGAACACUACACGUACCCUUUAGUUUUUCCGGUAAAAGACUGGCCGAAGAGAAAAGACCCCGCGUUUAUUGGUAUUUUUUUCAGUAAAUGCCGGAUCGGAACUCUGAGGCCUACUGAUGCAGACCAGCGCAAGCCUGGGGUUUAUUUUAGGCAGGAAAGAGAUUUACAAAAACGUACGGAUCAAUUUGGGGUGGAGUUAAGGGAACGGGUAAAAUGGGACAUCAGAGAGGGUGUAGUCGGCUCUGACUCCUUUGAUCCGAAGCACGCAGUGAUAGUGACGUGGAAGAACAUGUCUUUUGCCGGCGGUAUCGAUAACUCGCUUUACAAAACAAAUACUUUUCAAUUAGUACUGGCCACUGAUGAAGUUUACACUUACGCUAUUUUUAAUUACUUGGACUUGUCCUGGACGACGCACACUGAGGCCGGGGGUGACACCACCGGCGGCGAGGGCGGCACGCCCGCUUAUAUCGGCUUCAAUGCCGGAAAUGGCACGCAAGCUUAUGAAUACAAGCCGUACUCUCAAAUGUCCACUCUGAGAGAUCUGACGAGUCGUGGGUGGGCCAACGGUUUCAAAGGCCGUCAUAUUUUCCGAAUUGACGAAAAAAUAAUGCUCGGUACUUGUAAUAAAGACAUCGACGGCGCACAUUUGCCUCUGGUCUUCGCACCGGAAAGUGGAAAUAUGUUGGGUGGAACUGUCGUUAAUAUAACGGGCCCUUGUUUUGAGAAGACGGACAAAGUCCGUUGUCUUUUUGAUACAGUUGACGUUAUGGGAACGGUUAUUGACGUCAAUCGUGCGAUUUGUGUCCAACCUUACGUCCAAGCUGAAGGGUACAUCAGAUUUGCUGUUGCUAUUAAUAGUGGCCGGUAUGACUGGAAAGGAAAAUAUUUCAUUGAAACCCCAGCAACAGCAACAGAAAAAAUAUUUUUUCAAAACCGUGCAGUCCACGAACGCAAUCCGCGGGAAAUAAAAAUAACAUGGAACGCUUACAAUUUAACAAGUAAUUUAAAUGCUGAAGUACAAAUAUCUAUUUGGGGAUAUCGCGAAACGUCAAUACGCUCUGAAUUUGAAUACAUCGACAUCCUCGAGAGAGGAACAACAAAUACUGGGGAGUACAUAAUAGUUCCCGCAGCAUAUCGCAAUCGUGAAACACCUUAUCAAUUGAACAUGCAGUUCGGAUUCAUUCAAAUAAAUCUAACAAACCCGGCAGAGUACUCCGGCUUACAAAUAACUCCAGUACUCUGGAGUAAACCGAUUCCCCUCGCGUGGUACUUUGGUCCACAGUGGGAGCGCCGGUAUGGCUCCAAGUGGCCUGAGGAACUCUGCAAUGAGUGGAUUAAACAUGACCGUUACUUAAAAAAUUUUGCCGCCGAAAUUUCGCUCUGCCCUUGUAAAUUAGAGCACGCGCUCUAUGACAAAGGCCGUUUUCUACCAGACUACGACUGCGACAAAGAUUCAAAUCCUGAUUGCUUUUAUAAUAACGGAGCAAUACAUUGUGUUAAAACUGGAACGCCAAACUUAGACGGCUCUGAGCAGCAGUGCUGCUACGAUAAAAAUGAGUAUUUAAUGUUAACAUACGAUCAACAAUGGGGAUCAAAGCCACAUCGUUCACACAAUCUCGGUUAUUUGCCAUGGAAUGAAGCCAACAAAGUACCGAGUCUUUCUCACUGGUAUCACGACGUCACACCCAUGUACACUUGUUGCUUGUGGCAAGAAGAACAAGCCGUGGGCUGCGAAACUUUUCGAUUUGAGCGAAGGCCGUCCCAAGACUGCAUUGCCUAUCAAUCCCCCGCAGUGGCUGCGGUCUUCGGCGACCCCCAUAUCGUCACCUUCGACAACGUCCCCUACACAUUCAACGGCAAGGGGGAGUUUGUUCUCGUCCGUGUUAAUGACGAAAGAGACAAAUUGGACAUACAGGGUCGCUUUGAGCAAGUUGCUGAUAAUUUUUACGGCGAAGUCCGCGGCACACAAUUAACUGCCAUUGCCGCGAAAGGUAACAAUACAGCGACGAUUGAAGUCCGCAUAAGACCACCCAUAGCUCAGUGGCGGUAUCGCUUAGAUGUUUUUGCUGAGGGAAGGCGGGUUUACUUUGACAGACAGUCGUUAAAAUUCCAACACUUCCAUGGCGUCGUUGUUUACACGCCCACGUAUAUUUUAAAUCAAAGCGAAGUUAUAAUUAUGUUUGAUACGGGUGUUGGUGUUGAAGUUAUUGAAAACCAAGGAUUCAUGUCUGCGCGCGUUUAUUUACCCUGGACAUACAUGAACAAAACUCGUGGAUUGUUCGGUAAUUGGAGCAACGACAUCCUGGACGAAUUUGUUCUGCCUGACGGACGGCAAGUUCCGUACGGUAACUUGGAUAAUUUCGAAUCUCUCCACAAAGAUUUCGCAAUAAAUUGGCUGCUUGAAGACAGAGUCGAUCCUUACAAAGGAAACUCGUUGUUUGUACCGGAGUUCGGUCGCUCUGCGAGCUACUAUGCAAACCGGACGUUCGUUCCCGAGUGGCGACGUCGGCCUGAAGAUUUUCUACCUAUAGAACGAAACACGGACAUUAAAACUGCCCGCGAAUUAUGUGGAGAUUCGUAUCAAUGUCAGUACGAUUACGCGAUGACGUUAAAUAGAGAUCUCGCGCACUUUACAAAAAAUUAUCACGACACUCUGACACAAAUCAAAGCUAUAAAUUCUGCCCGCACGGUUUCUUGUGGAGUACUCGAGACCCCGAGAUUCGGACGUAAAAGUAAUUUUUUAUUUAUACCCGGUACCAAAGUCACCUUUGAGUGCAAUCAGGAUUUUGUCUUGAUCGGGGAUCAGAGACGCACUUGUAUGCCUGACGGGCACUGGGACAUUCCAGAGUACGGUUACACUGAGUGUCUUCGUCAGAUAGAGUACUCGCAACGCACGGCAUGGACAACUAUGGGUAUCAUAAGCGCGGUAUUAAUUCCGGCUGUAGCUUUAAUAGCCGGACUGUUUUUUUUACUUAAAAAGAAUUCAACCAAAGGCAGCUCAACAAAGUCCUGGCACUUUUCCGAACGCUCUGCUCUUGACAAUGAUUCUUUUACGCGAUCAGUUUUACGACCUGAUAGAGCAACUUCGCCGACUAGUGACUCGAGUACGCUGACGAAUGUCAGUGCAUGGAAACGCAGGAGUUACGACAAAGUUUAUCACACACACGAACCUUUACCCAACAGACCGUACGUUGAAUUCGAGGACAAAGACUGGGACCUUACUGAACCUAGUGGAUCGGAUUCCACAGACAACAGAAAAACUGCGAGUCCUAGCAAAGAGAGCGACGUAUAAAAAUUAAUUAGUUUUCAUUUUUUUACUCUGUGGAAUAGAAAAAAUGUCCAGUGUCUUAAGUAUUUUAUUAUAACUACUAUUGUUAUUAUUAAGUAAAAUAAAUUAAUUGUAUUUUUUUUUAAGUGUAUGACUACUUUUUAAAUAAAUAAUUUUUAAUAAAAGUUUUAUAAAUUUAUGCUACGGAAAUUUUCUAUUCCACAAAGUUUAAGACUUAGUAAUUAAUUAUUUAAAUUUUUAUACUGACUAAAUUUGAAGUCGGUUUUAAACGUGGAAUGGAAAUUUCCAAAGCUUUUGUGAAAUUUUCAUUCCCCUAUUAAAUGAUGAAAUGAAAUAUAUUUAGUGUGUGAAUGUAACAGAAAUCAGACAAACUUAUAAAUUUGAAUUAAAUUAAUUGAAAUAAUGAA